UCCUACCGCAGGGCGGAAACAGUUAAAGUCCUGUGACAGCUGCAAUCAUCAAGGCGUGGCUUUCUUGUCUGACUUGGGCCGCACAAGAUCCUGGGACAAGGGGCAAGGGAAGGACGGCUCUGGCUCCAGAGUCUUCCAGAUGGCUGAGUUGGAUCUGAUGAACCCAGGGCCACUGCCUGGGAUCCCGGCUCACCCUCUGGCCACUGUCAGCCCAGACUCUGGGUCAGGCAGCCUGGCGGAAGAAGAGGACAUGGGAUCCCUGGAGAGCCCUCAGGCGGAGACGGAGGGACAGGGCAGCGGCUCCGCAGGGCAGGGGGAUCCUGACGGUGAGGGGGAGGCGGAGAUCCUAUGUGACUUCUGCCUCGGGACUGGCAGGGUGAAGGCGGUCAAGUCCUGCCUGACCUGCAUGGUGAAUUAUUGCGAGGAGCACCUGCGGCCUCACCAGGAGAACAGCAGACUGCACAGCCACCAGCUGACCGAGCCCGUGAAGGACCGGGACCUGCGCACCUGCCCAGCCCACCACAGCCCACUGGUCGCCUUCUGCCGCCCCGACGGGCAGUGCAUCUGCCAGGAGUGUGGCCAGGACGAGCACAAGGGCCAUUCCUCGGUUUCCUUGGAUGCUGCCCGGAGGGACAAGGAGGCUGAGCUUCGGGACACCCAGUUAGAGCUGGAACGGAAGCUGAAGUUGAAUGAAAACGCCAUUGCCAGGCUCCAAGCCAAUCACAAAUCCGUUUUGCUGUCGGUGUCAGAGGUGAAGGCGGUGGCUGAGGAGCAGUUUGGGGAGCUGCUUGCCGCCAUGAGGAAGGCCCAGGCCGACGUGAUGCUCUUCUUGGAGGAGAAGGAGCAAGCGGCUCUGAGCCAGGCCAACGGCAUCAAGACGCACCUGGAGCACCGGAGCGCACAGAUGGAGAAGAGCCGGCAGGAGCUGGAGAGGAUUGCCGCCAUCAGCAACACCGUCCUGUUCCUGGAGGAGUACUGCAAGUUUAAGAACACCGAGGACAGUGCCUUCCCUAGUGUUUACAUCGGACUCAAGGACAAGCUCUCGGGCAUCCGCCGGGUCAUCACAGACUCCACGGUGCACUUAGUUCAGUUGCUGCAAAACUACAAGGAGAAGCUCCAGGAUUUCUCCAAGGAAGAGGAGUAUGAUAUCAGCACUCAAGUGUCUGCUGUUGUCAAGCGCAAGUAUUGGACCUCAAAACCUGAGCCCAGCACCAGGCAGCAGUUCCUCCAAUAUGCAUGUGACAUCUCUUUUGACCCGGACACGGCGCACAGGUAUCUCCGGCUGCAGGAGGACAAUCGCAAGGUCACCAACACCACGCCCUGGGAGCAUCCCUACCCGGACCUCCCCAGCAGGUUCGUGCACUGGCGGCAGGUGCUGUCCACACAGAGCCUUUACCUGCACAGGUACUAUUUCGAGGUAGAGAUCUCGGGAGCGGGCACCUAUGUUGGCCUGACCUGCAAAGGCAUUGACCGGAAAGGGGAGGAGCGCAACAGUUGCAUUUCUGGAAACAACUUCUCCUGGAGCCUCCACUGGAACGGGAAGGAGUUCACAGCCUGGCACAGCGACACGGAAACCCCGCUCAAAGCCAGCCCUUUCCGGAGGCUGGGGAUCUAUGUGGACUUUCUGGGGGGGGUCCUCUCCUUCUAUGGGGUAGAGCCCGAUGCCAUGACUCUGAUUCACAAGUUUGAGUGUAAGUUUUCAGAGCCGGUCUACCCUGCCUUCUGGCUUUCCAAGAAGGAAAACACCAUCCGGAUCAUGGAUCUGGGGGUGGAGCCUGAGAAGCCCAUGCCACCAUCCGCCGAGUCUGGGUGGGCCGAGCAGCUGAGACCUCACUACCUCACCCUGCAGCUCAUAGGAUUUUUGGAUACUGGUCAUCUCAGAAUCAUGGAAAACCUGGACCCAAGGCUCGGGAAUGCCCCGUAUUUCCGUUGUGAGAAGGGAGACAGUUCUGUCCCCGUGUGUCAAAAGUGCGAAACAUGUGUCUUGGCUUGGAAUAUCUUCUCGACCAAACAGUGGUUCCGGAGGAUAGGAGAGGUGCCCCAGAGAAGGUUUCUGGUGAGCAUCCUGGAGCAGUUGGGUAGCCUCUACUUGCUGCACUAUUUUCAGAAUAUCCUUCAGACCACGCAGGGGAAGGAUUUCAUCUACAGCCGGUCCCGGAUCAACCUCAGCAGGAAGGAGGGGAAGAUCGUCAGGUCUUCCUUGAACCAGAUGUUGGAUAAAACUGUGGAGCAGAAGAUGCGGGAGAUCUUGUUCUGGUUUGCGAGAAGCACCCACUGGACCAAGGCAAAUUACACGCUCUUUCUCCUGCAGAUGUGCGACCCCAAGCUGCUGCUGACCGCUGCCAAUGUCAUCAGGGUCCUGUCUCUGAGACAGUGGAACAACGUCGCGGACUACAACCUGCCGUAUGAGACCUCAGAUGUUUUCUGGGCAGCCAGCACCAAGACUGCAUCCUUCCCUUUGUCCAGAGCUUCAGGAAAAGAAAAUUUGCUUGAAAACAGGAGGGGCGAAGCAUCUAAUACUGACGGACAAUGGAAGAGUUCCAUCCAGUGCAUUUUCGAGAUGAAUAGCCUGUUUUCCAGAAAAGCAGGCCUGUCGAAGGCCGAAUUCACGCCUUCCAAUCUGUUGGUUGACUUGGAUGUCGUCAAAGACCUGUCCUCUGGAGUCGGCAAAUACCGGGACUUCAUCCGUUCCCUGCCCGUUCACCUCUCCAAAUAUAUUCUAAGUAUGCUGGAUAAAAACAGCCUGAACAGAUGUGCCUCCGUGAGCCAGCACUGGGCCAUGCUGGUACAGCAGGUCAAGAUGGAUCUGUCAAUGCAUCCUUUCAUUCAGAGCCAUAUUACCUUCUUGCAGGGAUCCUACACAAAGGGAAUCGAUCCUAACUAUGCCAACAAGCUUUUUAUCCCAGUUCCUAAAAUAACCGAUAAUGGGAAGUGCAUACGUGUGAAAAAUCAGAAAUUGAAACUGAGAACAAAGAAUGACUACAACCUGUGGGCCGCAUACCAGAACCAGGAAACUCAGCAGGUCCAAAUGGAGGAGAGAAAUGUCUUCUGUGGGACUUACAAUAUCCGCAUCCUCUCAGACACGUGGGACCGAAACAGAGUCAUUCACUAUUCUGGGGGAGAUCUGGUCGCAGUGUCAUCCAACCGGAAGAUCCAGCUUCUAGAUGUCAUACAAGUAAAGGAAUUACCCACUGAGUUCCGAGGCCAUGCUGGGAGUGUCCGCACCCUCUUCUUGUGUGAGGAGGAGAACUUUCUACUGAGCGGGAGUUAUGACCUGAGUAUCAGAUCCUGGGAUCUGAAAAGUGGGGCUUGUAUACGAAUCUUCAAUGGCCACCAGGGGACAGUCACUUGCAUGGAUUUAUAUAAGAACAGGCUCGUAUCUGGAGCAAGAGAUUGCCAGGUGAAAGAGUGGGAUAUAGAGACAGGGAAGUGUCUGAAGACAUUUAAACACAAAGACCCCAUCUUGGCCACCAAGAUCAAUGACACCUACAUUGUGAGCAGUUGUGAGCGAGGGUUAGUCAAAGUGUGGCACGUUGUCUCCGCCCAGUUGGUAAAGACUCUCAGUGGCCACGAGGGAGCCGUGAAGUGUCUCUGCUGCGACCAGUGGCACCUCCUCUCGGGAAGUACUGAUGGCCUGGUCAUGGCCUGGAGCAUGGUGGGAAAGUACGAGCGGUGCCUCAUGGCCUACAAGCAUCCAAAGGAGGUGCUUCACGUGGCCCUUCUCUUCCUCCGGGUCAUCAGUGCCUGUGCCGAUGGCAAGAUCCGCAUUUACAGUUUCCUCAAUGGGAACUGUCUGAAGGUGAUGAAAGUCAAUGGCAGAGGUGAUCCUGUGCUGUCCUUCUUUAUUCAGGGCAACAGGAUGGUGAUCAACACUGAGAGCAAUAUUCUCAUGUUCCAGUUUGAGAAUAUAAAGUGGCAGUACUCCAUGGACCAGGCCAAACAAAAGAAGAAAGAUAAAGAUGAGGACAGGGAAGAAAAUGACCUCACCGAAGUCGCCUCCAGGUCUAGCACUCAGGUUUUCAGCCUGAGGGACUCGAUGUCCAGUAAACAAACUGUGGGUCAGGAGUCCCUGUUAAGUAAACCAUACAGGUCCCGAGUUUUCCUGAAGGACACCAGGGUACCUACAGAAGUCUUAUCAGAGGGACCUAAAAGUCAAAGAAAGUCAAAAUCACCCCAGAGAGAUGGCAAGAAGAGAGUGAGUGCUCUUUCUAAGGAAGCACGCGGCAUUGAUGGUGGGCAAGAGAGUUUGGAAGCAAAAUCCCUCACAGGAGAUACAACGAACGAGGACAAGGAGAAAGUUCCACCUGGAGACUUGAUCAGGAACUCAAAGAAAAAGCGCUGGCAAAUCCCCAUGUCACCGGACCAGUUCCUUCUCACGGUGAAUGCCCUGCAGCAGGCCCAUAAGUCAGGGGAGUUCGCCUAUCCCCGGAGGCCCCAAACCCAAGUCAUUGAUGCCUGGGGACCUUCAAUUUCACACCCAAGGAAGGUUCUGAAUUUCAAAGGAAUAUCGGUCCAACAGGCAGUUAACAGGUUGCGACAUAGCAACCCACCCAUCGACGUGAAGCAAACCAAUAUUCCCCUGGAGAUCCAGAAACUGCAGCCCAACCUGAAGAACUCUUUGCACAGUCCCCGAGUCCAGUCCACCAUACCCCAGCCUGUGAUCGUCUACCCCAGAUUUGCUGGUGGCCUUAAGGGAGAAGACCAAGCGACUGGCCCCAUCGGCGGGACAGCGCGUAGCUGUAGCCCUUUAACCAGCCUGCAGGUCAUUAAACCGAACCGCAUGCUGGCUCCCUCCGUGGGCAUGAGAACCAAGUCCAUCAAGAAAGAUCGACCUCGUUUCUACACGACCCUUGAUCCCUUUAGAAUGAACACCGAGUUCAUGUUGUUGACCGUAAAGGAGGAGAAGGAGUAUAGGGAGGCCAAAAUGAAGGAGUUCCAGGCCAGAAAGCCCAGAGACGUGGUCAGUCCAGAAAAAGCUAGCAGAGCUGCCUGGAUCAGGAAGAUCAAAGGCCUGCCGAUCGAUCAUUUCAUGAGGCAAGGGAAGACAGCAGCCCCUGAACUUGGACAAAACGUAUUUAUCUGAACCAGCCUUGGGAAAUGAACAUCUUACAAUAAACAGAGAACCCAAGUGGA